GGAUGUAAAAAAGGAGGUAGGCGUCGGAAGGGGAGGCAGGCGCUGGAGGUGGGGUGAAGCUGGUGGCUGGAAGAGCGCUUGCUGCUGCCUGGAGCUCGAGGCUGUAGUUUUUAGGAGAAGGCGAAAGGGCUGCACCACCGUACACCCAGGGGGAGUCUUUCCUUUGCUAUUUGGAAGCUGUGGACACCGGAGCAGAGCGUGGGAAGGUGGCUAAUACGCCAUGGAGGUGGUGCUGAUCUUUCUGUGCAGCCUGCUGGCCCCCACUGUCCUGGCCAGUGCUGAGCAAGAGAAAGAUAAGGACCCUUUUCAUUAUGAUUAUCAGACCCUAAGGAUCGGAGGAUUGGUGUUUGCUGUGGUCCUCUUCUCUGUUGGAAUCCUCCUCAUCCUCAGUCGCAGAUGCAAGUGCAGCUUCAGUCAGAAGCCUCGGGCUCCAGGGGAUGAGGAGGCCCAGGUGGAGAACCUCAUCACUGCAAAUGCAACAGAGCCCCAGAAAGCAGAGAACUGAAGCGUGGCCCUCAGGAGGGAAGCCUCCAGAACCUGAAGGCAGCUGCUUGAACCUUUAGAUGCAAAUGUUGAUGCUUAAGAAGACCAGCCACUUCGGCAGCAGAUCUUUCCCCAGGAGAAGUCGGGAACUUGUGUGUCCCCCGCCCCGCCUCACCCCGCCCCAUUCCCCCCACCAACACCAGGCCUCACUUAGUGCCGCAACUAAUGCCCACCUUCCCAGCUGCAGCCUGUGGGUUUGCCCACCUCCUGUGAUGUAUUGUGUGUGCGUGUGUGUGACGACCGUGGUCUUCGUGCCUGCUUGUCUGUGGGUGACGUUUAGUGAACCUGGACUCACUUUCCUGGGCUGGAGCUGAGCCACGUCACCAUCAGCUCCUCCUUGCUUCCCCGUGGCACCCUCUCCCCUCCUGCUCCCGGGAGUCUGCUUUUCCCCUGAGAGACCAGUCCCUUCCCUUGGUUUAGGAGUGGGUAUAGGGCUAGGACCCAGGUGGGAGUCUCCACUUGUCUUGGGACUUGGGAAGGUUUACAUCGCUUUCAUGACCAUUCUUCCUGGCUUCUCUCCACUCCUUUUGUAAGAACCUUGCUUCCAUAUUUCACCUCUGUCCUGUCUGUUCUGAGGGUCCCUUAGCAAUCGGAGGUUCACAGCAAGGAGCUGGUGAGCCCAGCUACCUCUUCAAGCUGGUGAUGCCCCUUCCCUAGUCAUUUUUCGAUUAGGACUUCUACCAUGGAGCUUCCAUCUGCCCUGCUCUAUUGCAGAGUGGCCAGGGAGGCCAGGCCCAGGUCUUGUCCUCUGCUCCUGGGGAAUGUGCCCCUUGCAUAUCUUCUCAGCAAUAACCCCUUGGGCCCUGGAUUCCCUAUCCCUUCUCCUGCCUUCCCUGCUCCCAAGGCGCUAAUCUAUAGCCCAGCUAGUCUGGACCCAGACUCCCAUCCUUGAGUUGGGUCUCUGGCAGGUGAUGCAUUCUGGUGGGGCAGCAUCCUGGGGAGGGGCAGCUGGGAGAGCAGGGGUCCUUUGCUUCUCUGUCCAUGCCCAUUGGGCAGGCAUCAGUGAUGGCUGCUGGGCCCUUUGUUCCUCCUGUCACCGGUCAGAGUGGCUAGUGCAGAGGUUUUGCAGCAGGUUAGAGACUAGGCAGGGCUCCCCACAGCAAGAGAUCAGAGGUCAUAAAGAAAGUGGAAAGUUGAACCAGACCCCUCUCCCAUUCAUCGUGUUAUCCUGGAAACUAACUUAACAUGUGCCAGGACUGCUGUCUGUGCUGUGAUCUAUCCUGUCAACAACAGCAAGGAAUAAAGUACAAUUUGUUUCCUA